AUGCUUUACGAAGAGCGGUUGGAUCUGACAUUGCCUCCUGGCUGGUACAUUUUUGCUCCAGAAUGGGGACGAAUCUUAGAGGCGCGAAAUUUCCUUCCAAUUUUGGGCUCUUUCCUGGCCUUCAAGCUCUUCUCCAUCUGUAUGUGGAGAUGGUCCUGGACGAAUUUUAGUGGAUUUCGGUGAGAAUUUUCAAGAUUCCCCAAAUUUUCAGGCAAUACCGGCUCCGAAAUUUGACAAUUUGCAUUACCCAUUCAAUGAUCAGCGGAGGGUUCGUGUUGGGCUUUGCCAUUACCCACUUCCGGUUGAUGUUCGACAAUCCAGCGACUUAUUAUGAGCCCUACAUGAAGUAUGUCUUCCAAUUCAGUGUCGGUAAGAAUUUCAGGGGAAUUUUGAGGGAAACCGGAGGCUUUUUUUGCAAAAAUUUCUCAUUUUUGCUGAUUUUUCGCUUGGACGAUUGGGGAAAAGUACGAUAGGGGAAACAGAAAAUUAUUAUUUUUCUUCGAUGCAAGUGUGAAAUUAAGGUAAUCGAGGGGUUUUUGAUAAGCAUGGCUGCAAACCGGGCCAGCCCGGCCCGGGCCUGCGGGCCGGGCCUAAAUCUCCAAGCCCGGCCCGGGCCCGGGCUUGUAAAAUUUGGAAAGCCCGGCCCGGUUCGGCCCGGAAAAUUUUUGUACUACGCUGGAAAGAAACAAAGCAGGAAAUGAAGGGAAAAUUCGCAAAAUGUAAAAGAUAAUUUAGCAAAACAUAUACAUAGUUCAAUUGCCGCUUGACUAUUUUUGUAAAUUACUAAGUCGCCAUAAAUUGUCUUACCAUCUGGUUACAAAAAAUCAUAAAAUUUUGUGUAUAGUCACCCAAAUUUUAGCAAAAAUGUUUUAUCACAGAUCUUUUAUUGAAUUUGAAAAAACCUACAAGCGUAUUGCGUAUUUUUGAAAAUUUUUCCUUUUGCUUUUUUUGCCAGCGUAUUAACUAUGAGGUCGCACUUAAGAAUUUCUGAAAAUUUUUUUUCAAAUUGACCUGAAAAUUAUUUUUUCAUUUGGGCGAGUGGUAAAUAAGGUCAUUUUACGUUCGCUAUCAGCAUUGUGUUCGAAAAAAUGAAAAAUUUUAUCGAAAAAGCUUAUUUUUUCCUUUUUUUCCGGGCAAAACUCAGAUUUCAUAAAAAACCGGGCCGGCCCGGGCCGGGCCAGGCCUGAAAAUCGAAGCCCGGGGCCGGGCCGAGAAAUUAGUCGGCCCGGCCCGGGCCGGGAAAUUUUGGAAAGCCCGGCCCGGAGCCAUGCCUAGUUUUUGAUAGCUACUUUUUUCCUUACGUAGUAGUGUAAAAUAGUAAUUUUUUGCAUUUUUUUCAUAAAUACUCGAUUUAGGGGUCUUUGAUGGUGCUGAUUUCGAAAAUCUUAUUCAUUUUUUCUGAUUUGAAAGCACCACCUUCGAAAACCCCCAAAUCGAGUAUCCAUGAAAAAAUUCAAAAAAUUACAACUUUACGGUACUACUUUAGGAAAAAAGUAAGCAUCAAAAAAUGACUGUCAUUUUCGAAAUCAGCACCCUCGAUUAUCCUUAUUUCACACUAGUAGCGAACAAAAAUAAUACUUUUCAGUUUCCCCAAUCAUCUUUUUCCCCAAUCGUCCCAGUUCCGAUUUUUCGGAGUUUCGAACGUUUUUGGGUUAAAAAUUUUUGAUUUGGGAUCAAAAUUAUUUUGUGUUUGGCAUUAAAAACUCUUUCGGACAUUAAUGACGUUGGUUUUCACCGAUUUUUUCCCAAUUUUCCAAAAUUUUUGACUUUUAGUCAUCGUUUCAAAUUUUCGUCUCUUUUUCGCUAAAAAUCUCAUUUUCAUUUUGAAAUUUUCGAAUUAUUUGAUUUUUCAAUGCCAGCUGGUUUCUAUAGAAAUAAAUUUUGGCUUAAUUUUAGCGAUUUUUCUCUGAAAAUUUUCGAAAAUCCCUGAUCUUCCCUUAUUUUCAUUUUCAGGGUAUUUUAUCCACGAUGCCUUGGACAUGUUGAAGCAUGAGAUCUCCAGAUGGACUCUAGAGCUCUUAUUCCAUCAUGCCGUGACUGUUUUUGUCUUCCUUUGCCCCAUCUGCAGUCAUGAUUUUGCGAUUUUUGGGUAUUGGGGACUACUAAUGGAGGUGAACAGGUAAAUUAGUAUAAAACUCGUAGUUUUUGAGCAUUUUCAAUGGAUUUUGAGUUGUAAUAUUGAAUUUCUAGCGUCUUUUUGCACAUGAGAACACUGCAUCAACUUUCUGGGCGGGCGGAAAGUCAUAAAAUGGAGUUUGAAAUCAUUAAAUAUCUGAAUGUUGUGACGUAAGUGGUCGAUUUUUUUAAGAUUUUUAAUUAAAAAAAAGCGUUUGGAGUCUGUAAAUUAUCUCACUGACCUUUUAGCUUCGUCAUUUUCCGGUUUUUCGUCCAGAUUUUCCAAGUUCACUUCACUUUCACCCAACAAGACCACUUUGUCUACUUCUACAAAGCCGUCGGAUUAUAUGGAAGCAUCUUUUUCUUCGUCGUGAAUUGCAUGCUGUUGUAUCGUGUGCUGGCGUCGGACGGCUUCCUGGGCAAGAAAAUCCAAACCGCCGCCAAGAAUUCGAACAGAGACAAGGAGAAGGACAAGUGA